AUGGAGAACUUCCUACGCGGUCACCAGGUCUAAUGCAACAGCCAGAUGGCUACCAAUAUUCAUUCAAUAUUCAAGAGUACGAUGCUGGUUACCCAACUUCUGUUAUGACUACUGGAUCCGCCGCAAACAAAAGAGAUGAUAUAGAAGACUUGUCUCCCAAAACUGAUAUCCCAUGUACCUCCGCUGAAGUUGAAGAAAGCGGAAAAGAUAGAGCUGAUGGUAUGGAAACCACCACGGAUGUCGUUGCCGAGACAGCUCAGUUAGAUGAUGGAGUUGGUGGUGACACGAUUGAGGAGCCCAAGUCGAAGAUGGGGUUUAAUUCUUUUGAAGAGGUAAUGACUUAUUACAAGCAGUAUGCUAAGAAUAUUGGGUUUUGGAGUGAUGACAAGAAGGACUGA